UCGGAACCCGGAGGUUUGACGCGGGAAACCGGAGAAUAGAAGGUCCUCAUCGUUGUGUUUAUUUGUGUAUAUUUCCUCAAAUAUCUUCAGCCACCGGGAAACACCUUCAUACCUUUGUGAAGUCGUCCUUCACCCAAAAGAUGGGAGACACUUUGGAGUUUAACGACAUUCAUCAGGAGGUGAAGGGAUCUUGGAAUGAUGGGCGUCUGAGGUUCAGCAAGCAGACUGUGGUCUAUAAAAGCCAUAAAACAGGGAAGGUGGACAGUAUUCCUGCUCCUGACCUCUCCGAGGCCCAGUGGCGUCGAGUCUGUCUGGGUCAUGGGCUCAAACUUUCCACCAGCACUGGACACAUCUACAAAUAUGACGGCUUCAAAGAAACAGAUUAUGAGAAAAUCUCUGCGUUUUUCAAAGCGAACUACAAGGUGGAGUUGGAGGAGAAGGACAUGUGUGUGAAAGGCUGGAAUUGGGGAACUGCCAAAUUUGCAGGCUCUCUGCUGUCUUUUGAUGUGAGUGACAGUCCUGUCUUUGAGAUCCCGCUGUCCAGUGUAUCCCAGUGUGCAACAGGCAAGAACGAGGUGACGGUGGAGUUUCAUCAGAAUGAUGAUGCUGAGGUUUCACUCAUGGAGGUCCGCUUUUAUGUCCCGCCAAACACUGGAGACGACGGCUCAGACCCUGUGGAGGCGUUCGCUCAGAAUAUUCUGUCAAAAGCAGAUGUUAUUCAAGCUACUGGAGACGCUGUGUGUAUCUUCAAAGAGCUUCAGUGCCUUACGCCGAGAGGAAGGUAUGAUAUCCGUAUCUACCCGACCUUCCUGCACCUCCACGGUAAGACUUUUGACUAUAAGAUCCCCUACACCACUGUACUGCGUCUCUUCCUGCUGCCACACAAGGACCAGAGGCAGAUGUUUUUUGUGAUCAGCCUUGAUCCGCCUAUUAAACAGGGUCAGACUCGAUACCAUUUCCUCAUCCUCCUGUUCUCCAAAGAUGAAGACAUCAGUCUGGCUCUCAACAUGAGCGAAGAUGAGGUGGAGAAGCGUUAUGAAGGGAAGCUCAGCAAGAACAUGUCUGGUCCGCUCUAUGAAAUCGUCAGCAGGGUCAUGAAGGCUCUGGUCAACAGGAAGAUCACAGUGCCUGGAAACUUCCAGGGUCACUCAGGUUCUCAGUGUAUAACAUGUGCGUAUAAGGCGAGCUCAGGGCUGCUCUAUCCUCUGGAGAGAGGCUUUAUUUAUGUGCACAAGCCACCAGUUCACCUGCGCUUUGAAGAAAUCUCCUGCGUCAACUUUGCCAGAGGAACCACAACCACACGAUCAUUUGACUUCGAGAUUGAGACCAAGCAGAACAACCAGUUCACCUUCAGCAACAUUGAGAGGGAAGAAUACGGAAAACUUUUCGACUUUGUCAAUGCCAAAAAGCUGACUAUCAAGAACAGAGGAUUUAAAGAGGGCAUGAAAGGAGCGGAAGACUACAGCGACUCAGAUGAAGACCAGCAUGACGCUUAUCUGGAGAGAAUGAAGGAAGAGGGCAAGAUCAGAGAAGAGGGAGACGGCAGCGAUGACUCUGAAGGCGACAGCGAUGAGUCUUUCAACCCUGGAGAAGAGGAUGAUGAUGUCCCAGAAGAGUAUGACAGUAACGCUUCAGUGAGUGAUAGUGAAGGAGAUGAUGGAGACAGCGAGGAUGAAGGCAAGAAGAAAAAAGUUGAAAAGAAGCCCAAGAAAGUGGUGAAGGAGAAGAAAGAGAGAAAACCACGGAAAGAGAAAAAGGUGAAGGAUGCAGCUGCUCCUAAGAGACCCAUGAGUGCUUACAUGCUGUGGCUGAACGGCAACAGAGAGCGCAUCAAGAGUGAGAAUCCUGGAAUAUCAGUCACUGAAAUCUCCAAGAAGGCUGGAGAAAUGUGGAAACAGCUGGGAAAAGACAGAAAGGAGGAGUGGGACAAAAAAGCAGAAGAGGCUAAGAGGCAAUAUGAAAAAGCCAUGAAAGAAUACAAAGAGAGUGGAGGAGGAGCCGCCGUCGCUGCUGCUACUAAAGAAAAGAAAAAGAAGGGAGGAAAGGUGGAGGCUAAGAAGAAAAGCGGAGGAGAGAAGGAGAAAAAGAAGGAAGGUGCAAAUGAGAGCUUUAAGAGUAAAGAGUUCAUCUCCAGCGAGGAGAGCUCAUCAGAAUCUGACCACGACAGAGGCAGCAAACGCAAGGCUUCUGAUGACGACGACGAGGAGGAGGAAGAAGCGGCGGCCUCUACUCCAGCAAGCUCAGAGGAAGAGUCAGGAUCUGACUGAUGUCCUGCUUGGCGAUCAGAGACAUUUCCACAUCUCAGGUUUCACACAGCAAUCACUGAUGGACCAAGACUUUCCUCCGUGCCGCGUGCUCCAAGCGCACUGUUACACAUUUUACAUUCAGGCUGAGACCUUGGAAAUUGACGGGUAACGUUUUCCCCACUGCUUUUGGAGAGUGACAUCACUAAUGCUCUCAGAAUAUUUUUUGUUUUGUUUCAGAUAUGGUAGAGAUUUAAUUCAGGGAAGUGUGGAUUAGACCUGCUUGUAGAGGGUUUUGCCUUCUUUUUAUUACAAUUGUCUUUAUCAGAAUUAAUUGCGCUUCAGUAAUUUCAGUUUUUUUUUUUGUACUUUAAGCUAUCAAAUCGUUAAUCGCUGUUUUGCAAUAAACAUUCAGUGAGUAAUUAAA